AUGAGAGUGUUAGUAUCUUCAGAUGAAACUGGUUUAGUUAAAGAAAUAAUAUGUACAAAAGGUACUGACACAUCUAAAAAGGAUGGUGUUAAGCCAGAAUCCAUAAACAAGCUUUGUAAUCAACCUCAAGCAUCUUUAAGAGCCAGAGUUCUCGAAAUGAUCCAAAUUGAUAACCAACUUGUUACCUUAAGAAUCAAUGGAGAUUUAUGUUUCUAUGAUAUGACAAAAGAAGACGACGAUUUCAAGCUUAUUAAAAGCUUAUCAUUAUGUGAAGAUAAACCAGUUUCCCUUGUUAAUUAUUCCAGAUUGGGUUACGUUAUUGCUGCAUUCGAAACAAAUAAGAUCUUUAUAGUGGAUCUCAAACUGUAUAAGCAUAAAGAAUUAAUAAUACCUUACACAAAGAAAGUCAAACCUAUCGUUACAUUCGUGGAAAAUCCUUAUAAAGAUGGAGAGUUCGCUUUCGGAGGAGAAGAAAAUGAUGUUAAAAUUAUAAAAUUAUUCGAUAAACCACCAAAAUCCUUAUCCAAAUUCACUAUUGAAGUCGUUAAGACCUUCAGAAAUGUUCCAGACAAUCACUUAGAUUUGAGAGUUCCUAUAAGCAUCAAAGGUAUAAGAUUCCUCGAGAAAGAAAAAUUCAUUACUGUUACCAAAUAUGGACAAUUACGUAUUUAUGAUAUGAAUAAUGAAAGACCCUUGAAUGAUUUUAAGAUUGGUGAUAAACCGAUUAUUCAAUUAACUUUGUGUAACAACAACAGUGAAGUCAUCUUAAGUGACACUACCAGUUUGAUAGGGAAAUAUUCACUUACAAAAUUUGAUUCUAACGCUACUAAGAUUAACACUGCUACUUCAGGUACUUUAAAAAGACCUUCACUUAAAUUAUUAGGUAAAUAUUCUGAAGGUAGUAAUACUGGUGCUACACAUGCUAUUCACAACUUCGAAGGAAAAUAUGUCGGUUGUGGUGGUUUAGAUAGAUAUCUCAGAAUUUAUGAUCUUGAAUCCCGAGAAUUAGUAGUGAAAGCUUAUAUUGGAACUCAAAUCUCGAGUUUGAUUAUCUUAGAAGAUGAUAAAGUAGUCGAAGAACCACCUAAGAAAACUGUUAAAAAGAGAACUGUCGAGUCCGAUGAUGAAGAUAAUGAUGAAAGUGAUGAAAGUGAAAGUGAUGAUAAUGAUAUAUGGGAUCAAUUAUUAUCAAAUGUAAAGACUCCACAAAAAACUCAACAAAAGACUCAACUUAAGAAGAAGCAAAGAAAAAUUUAA